AUGCCCACACCAUCGGGAUCCUUUGCCUUUAUUGCGCGCCGCGCCGCGACAGCACGACGUCCUUCAUGCAUCAACAUCAACAUCAAUAAUAGUAUCAACUCGAAGAGCAGCCUCCUCGUACAGAGAGGGAGCAGAAGACUGCUGAGCACGCUUGAGUCUGGUUCAGCAGGUGCAGCUCGUGCAGCGCAAUCGAGACGUUCUGUCUUCCAGCAAGUUCGAUGGGAGAGCAGUGAGAAAAAGAGCGAUGGCAGCAGCAGCAGCAGCGAGACCCCGCAAUUGCGAUCCGUUGGGUUUGAGGAUGUCAACGCCUCCCUCCCCUCCCCAGAGCAGACUACUAACAAACCAACCACCAUCCUAAUCGACGUCCGCGAACCAGCCGAACUCUCCUCAACGGGAAUCAUCCCCGGCGCGGUAUCCAUCCCGCUCGCCUCGCAACCAGACGCAUACUUCUUGUCGCCGGAGGAAUUCGAGACGCGGUUUAGGUUUCCGAAGCCUGGCGUUGCAGAAGCCGAAGGGCAGGACGCGUCCAACAAGAGUGAUCUGAUCUUCUACUGCAAGGCCGGCGUGCGCGCCCGUGCCGCGGCACAGUUAGCUGUGCAGGCUGGCUAUGAUCCCAAUCGGAUUGGGGUCUAUGAUGGGAGUUGGUUGGAUUGGGUGGAUCGGGGAGGGAAGGUGGAGAAGUGGGAGGGUGGUGAGGAGUGA